AGAGGAUGCACCGUCUGUGCUCCCUACUGGUGAUCACUGACGUCUGGGCCGAAUGUCCAUACUACCGGGAACGAACAUCCCCGGCCGUUGGGAUGACCUCAAACAAGGACCCCCUCCAGCAAUGGCAGGGCAGCAGCCAGACUGCCAGAGUGCCUCCAGCAGAGCCUCAUGAGACGUGGGGUGUAUAACAGGGCCCAGCUAUAUACCACCUCGCCCAGGCUUUCUCAACGUCCCUCAACGUCCAUCCGAGCUUCAACUGCCGUGCCCUUCAAAGUUUGAACAGCAGCCCACCCUGUCGCCUCUGCCCUCUGGGGUCCCCCAUUGCUCGGUUCAGAGUUGCCGCGCCACCAUUCGGCGUCCUGUCAAUCAUGUCGCGGCAUGAUCGCCAGGACGCAAGCGCGGUGUAGCAUGUUUCAGUCCUGCCAUCCUUACCUCACCUUGGUCCGACACGGCCGAUAUGCCGAGUCUUGAUCUGGUCUUUUGACUCCUGACCACUGCACCAUGAGCCCGGGCAGUCACAAUAUAGCCACGAUGGCGUGCCUGUAUGCUCCCUCCAUUGGCUUCUCCCAUGAAACUCUGCAAGACCUCGAGGCGUCCUGUGAUCAUGCCGCCCUCAAUGCACCAUUCGCAAGCUCGCCGCCCAUCCUGGCAUGGACGGGAACAACCAAGGCCUCACCUUGCCCCCGAGCUGCCACCAACGAACCGUUCGUGACAACAGGAACCCGAGUCGCGGCGUUCAGGCCAUUCUGCUUCGUCGGGGGCCAACUUCCCCUUCUGGAAGCGUCGUGAACUGCCAAGGUCCCCUUCUGGGAACCCAUGGGCUGUCUCCAAGCGGAUGGCAACCCAGGCUUGCCCCAUCCUACCAAGAUCUUUCUCAUUCUGGAUCUUGGUCCACGUCUCACCAAUGCACGCCAUCCCAAUCGGUCUGCCCACUCUUUCGCCGUUGCCAUCUACCGGCAUUCCUCGAUCAUACCGAGGCAGACCACAUGCACUCACUGCAACACGAUUGGAAGACCAGCAUCGGGUAUCCCGGGCAAGAUCACACAGACAAAGAGCACCCCUUUGGCGCCGUGAACACUUGAACCAUGCAGCACCGCGGCGAACAGGAGGGUGUCCUCGCUGAAACAUAACAUAUUUUAUAUGAUCCCCCGGCUGUCAUCCUCUUUCAGCCUCUGCUCCGAAGCCCAACUGCCCGCCGGCCAACCGGACCUCGAGCCCUUGCAAAGCUUCCACGGCAUCGCACUCCCUAGGAUCGCUGAGCUGCUGCCAAACCUUCCCGUGGACCCGUCUCACAAUGACGACCAAGAUCCCCUCGGAUGAUAGCCGAUAGGCGAACCUAGUCAUAUCGACGGCGUUGCCGGAUUCAGAUCUUUUAAGAGCCCAGACCUCCCCACAUCCUGUCUUGACACAUCUGUAUUGCUGGAGAGAUCUUGAGGCUUCAACCAGGUGUUUGCAAGCGAUUCCUCUCCUGCUUGCCAAUGUCAGGGCAAUGAUAUCCAGAAUUCACAUCACAGCUUUCUCAUGGCUGCUGUGCUUCUCGGCCCUUGUUAGGGGGCAGACAAUCGGCCAGCUUCUGCAGCAGACUCCAGUGUGCGCUGUCUCCUGUUUCCUCGAGGUCUUACCACCGGACCCUGCCUGCCUUACCAGCAUCGACCAACUCAGCUCAUGCAUCUGUUCGAACGUAACACUGCUCACCACGCUAUCUGGCUGCACCCGACUGUCGUGUGAAGUUUCUGACCAAAUCCUCGGGGAGAACGCAUUGGGUCAGACAUGUCGCGGUGCCCCCCUCUUUGUAGAGUCACAAGCGACAUUUCUCAAGGUCCUUGCUAUCGCGGCGAUAGUUUUGGCUGUCCCAAGCAUCGGCUUGCGGUGGUAUGCGAGAUGCAAGUCCUCCACGCUGGGCGUUGACGACUACCUCGCACUGCUGGCUACAAUCGCUUUGAUAGCCGUCAGUGCUGUACAGCUCGGAAGCGCCUUCAUCGGUUUUGGAGUGCACGUAUGGGUCGUUGACCCCCGGAUGGCCAUUCCUCUCUUACGUUUGUACUGGGUCAGCCAGCAGCUGUACGUCCUCGACCAGCUCUUGACCAAGAUCUCUCUUCUCACCCUGUACCUGCGGGUAUUCCCCAGAACGCGCUGGGUCAACAUCACGGCUCGCUACGGCAUACUUGUGAUGGUAAUCCAAGAGACCAUCUUCUACUUCCUUAUUUUACUGCGUUGCAUCCCCGUCUCCGCAUCUUGGGACAUUCGCCAGAAAGGUCGUUGCCUGGACCUAAAUGCGAUCGGGUUUUCGGGCGCUAUACUUGGUAUUGCAGAGCACCUGGGGAUUCUGGUCAUGCCGUUACCGGAGCUGUGGAAACUGAAACUUUCCAAACGGAAACGAAUCAUGCUGGCCUUCGUGUUCAGUCUAGGGUCUUUUUCAUUAUUCACUAGCGUGAUCCGCAUAAGAUACGUUAGGAAGUUCGCCCCCACAGCCGACCUGUCUUGGGAUGUAGCUCCGGCCAUCUCCUGGUCUCUCAUUGAGUUACUGAGCACGGUAAUAUGCCUUAAUCUGCCGCCCUGCCGGCAGCUCCUGAGCAAACUCAUCCCACGCCGGCUUGCCACCACAAUCCACAGGGGGAAGAACGGCACAGCACCAUACGGACCGUACGACACGGGGCCUUAUGGUGCCUUCAGCCAGCAUGGCGCGCAGACUAUAGAGCUCAAGAGCAAGAGUCCACCGAUGGGCGGUAUCUUGCACACGACCACCAUCGAGGUCACCCACGAACGCAACCUGUCCGACGAUGAGCUGCUCAUGAUCAAGACGAGGCCAUCCGUGUCGUCUUCCGCGUCGAGGAGGAGCUUACAAACAAUCGAUGAGGAAUAUGACGAGCCCAACGAAAGAGGUCGCAGCAAGUUGAGGCGGCCGCCUCCAGCUGCUACCACCAGGACACCGAGUGUGGAGGUGGAGAUUGACCGAUCCAGGCUGGGUUUGUAUCACUUCUUCCCGACCAAAAUUUGAGGAGAUUUUCCAUUCAUCAAGUCAUCUCAGCUUCAAGGAGCAGUCUCACGGGCAACUGUCCGGACUGGAUGUAAGCUCCAGUGAGAGGUAUCAGUAAUACUUUAACUAAGUAGAUUUAAUUGACACAGGCAUAUUACCUUACGC